CUGCUCGCCCUCCGGUGCCGAGUUGCUCGGCUCCCCCCGCCCCCUCCCCCAAUCCCCGUGGUCUGGCAGCGCCUGGCCGGCGGCCCGCGGGCGGGCCGCCCUACCCGCUGUAGCCCAUCCGCUUCUUAAAGCGGCGGCGGGAAGAUGAGGUUCCGGGAGCCUCUCCUGGGCGGCAGUGCCGCGAUGCCGGGCGCAUCCCUGCAGCGGGCCUGCCGCCUGCUCGUGGCAGUCUGCGCGCUGCACCUUGGCGUCACCCUGCUCUAUUACCUGGCCGGCCGCGACCUCAGCCGCCUGCCCUAUCUGGUCGGAGUCCCCACACCGCUGCAAGCCGGCUCGAACGGCGCCGAUGCCAUCAGGCAGCCCUCCGGGGAGCUCCGAUCGCGAGGAGCAGCGCCGCCGCCGCCGCCUUUGGACGCCUCCUCCGAACCGCGUCCGGGUCACGAUUCCAGCCCAGACGCGGACUCUCGCCCCGGCCCCUCAAGCAACUUGACCUCAGCCCCAGUGUCCCCCAUCACAGCACUGUCGCUGCCCGCUUGUCCUGAGGAGUCCCCGCUGCUCGUUGGCCCCCUGCUGAUCGAGUUUAAAGCACCUGUGGACCUGAUACUUGUGGCGAAACAGAACCCUGAGGUGAAGGUGGGUGGUCGCUAUACCCCCAAGGACUGCAUCUCUCCUCACAAGGUGGCCAUCAUUAUUCCAUUCCGCAACCGGCAGGAACACCUCAAGUACUGGCUGUAUUACUUGCACCCAAUCCUGCAACGGCAGCAGUUGGACUAUGGAGUCUACGUUAUCAAUCAGGCUGGAGACACCAUGUUCAAUCGUGCUAAGCUUCUCAACAUUGGCUUCCGAGAGGCCUUGAAGGACUAUGACUACAACUGCUUCGUGUUUAGCGACGUGGACCUCAUUCCAAUGGAUGACCGUAAUGCCUACAGGUGUUUUUCACAGCCACGGCACAUCUCUGUAGCAAUGGAUAAGUUUGGAUUUAGCUUACCUUAUGUUCAGUUUUUUGGAGGUGUGUCUGCUCUAAGUAAACAACAGUUUCUCACCAUCAAUGGAUUUCCCAAUAAUUAUUGGGGCUGGGGAGGUGAAGAUGACGACAUUUUCAACAGAUUAAUUUAUAAAGGUAUGUCUAUUUCUCGCCCAAAUGCUGUGGUUGGGAAGUGUCGGAUGAUUCGCCACUCAAGGGACAAGAAAAAUGAACCCAAUCCUCAGAGGUUUGACCGAAUUGCACACACAAAGGAGACAAUGCUCUCUGAUGGCUUGAACUCACUGACCUAUGAGGUGUUGGACAUAGAGAAAUACCCGUUAUAUACCCAAAUCACAGUGGACGUCGGGACACCAAGCUAGCAUUUUGCUACACUGAUCAGAGACCUAAGAAUGGCCAGGGACCUCUGCUGCGUCUCUGCCAAUGUGCUGGGCUGGUCCCUCUCAUUCUUUCCAGCCAGAGUGAUAGGGCCCCUUCGCUCAUUCACAUGCCUUUCCAGCUGACUGGACGGAGCCGGAUAUUUUGCCCCCAACUUGGCUCGGCAUGUGACUUAGCUCUGCGAGGGGUUUGUAAGUGUAGAAACCGUCAGCCUUUGGGAGUUCUCAGCAUGUUCACGGCAUCACACCCCAAAGAAUCAGCUCUAUACAGCCCCAUAUUUGGUGACUGUGGGACUCAUUCCUUAGUGACAAACUGCUUAUUUGUUGUGAAGUAGGUAAGAAUUUUGCUUCCAGUCAUGUACUAUUACUACUUUAUGCAAAAUUGGAGAGUGCUGCUGAAAUUGGAUUGGUGUGAUAUUUUUUGGUUGUCAUAUUUUAACAAAAACAGUUUCAACUAUUCUCAUUUUACCACCUCCCCCCCACCUUUUUUUACUGCUAUACAACUAUUACAAUCACAUGUGUGUCUUUUCUUAGCAAAAGAGUUUUAAAACUUGAGCCUCAGACCUUUUGCCCUGAUAACGUGUGAAUUCCAAGGCAAAUUUAGCCAUCAGAGCAAAAGCCUUGGGUGCUCUCACAUUCAGUGGCCUUUCUGCAAAUUGCCUGAUUUCUGAAUGUAAAACUUUUUUUUUUUUAAAUAGCAGUUUGCAGUUUGUAGUAUUUUAAAGGCCAAAUCCAAUUCUGGUUAAUGAUCUAGCUUGAUUUUGUGUUGAUCCAAAUUUGCAUAGCUGUUAUUAGUAAUAAGUCAUGGCAAUUUAUUUUUCCGAGUAUACUCUGUAAACUUGAAUUACCUAUGUAUUUUUAUUAUGUUUUAAAUGUGAGGAGGGGACUGAGCAUUCUUUUUAGGGGAAAAAAAUUCUGUAUGCUGUAGUGGCCACAAGCAGGCCCCAGAUUUAGCUGGCAGGCCAGGUUUUGUGAAGAGCAAAAUCACCUUCCGACUCUUGGAGGAAGGAAAGGCGUUUAAGGACCUCUGCGGGAAGGCAGAGGCCUUGGCGUCCCAGGCAGAUCUCCCCACCUCCUCACCUUUGCCAGGUGGGCAGCAGGGAGGGCACCUCCCUGGACUGGCCGUCUCUCUACCCCCAAGACCUAGGCUGUGGAGCUGUAAAUGACAGCAGUCAGGUCUCUUUACUGGCCUUUAGCCUGGGGAGGUGGAGGGAACCUCUGUUCUGGCACCCUUGAAGUCUCCUUGAAGUCUCGGGCAGCCUCCCUUGGAGCUUCUGCCUGUCCUACCUUGCAGGACUGGUUCUCCUUCUUCCUCCCCCUUUUUGUUCCUUUGCUUCUUGCCUGUUCCCUAAAACUUGCCUGUGGCACUCAGGGUCAAAUAGACUAUUCAUUCUCCAGCAUGAACGUGCCUUUUAAUUAGAAACAGAAAUUCAGCUGAACGCACCCACACUCCCACAACCACUCUGGUGCCUAAAGCCUCCCUUUCCCCCUCAGGUUUUUAGUGGGUGCCCCCACUCCAGGGAGGCUGACCCACACAGCUGUUUUCUCAAAACCCACCUCUGCUGGGAGAGGUUUAGCCUGCCUGGGGAGAGAUGCAUGAGGCAAUUUCUACCACUGGGUGCCCUUGCUGGGUCCAGACUGGGCUAAGGACAUGAGACUCAGCUGUUUAAUUGCAGGGUUGACUUUUCAGCUGGUGGCAGCUGGGACCCCCACCACUGACCGGGAAACCAGCCCUCGGUGUGGAGGCUGAGUUGGUAUACAGCCCCAGUUUUAUCUGUGCCUUUACUGCUUUGAGCAUCUCAGAUGCUAACUUAUUUUUUU